AUGGUUUUGAAGAGAGCGACCCACGAUGACGUGUCUGACAGUUUUGAUGUUGAACAUGUCAUCCAAAACACAUCCGUCUCCGACAAAAUAUCUCUGCUUUCUGGCCGAGACUUUUGGCACACGAACCCCCUCCCAGCAUUCAACGUUCCAUCUGUACGUGUCAGCGACGGACCAAAUGGCGUGCGAGGAACCAAAUUCGUCGACGGCGUACCUGCUGCCUGCUUGCCCUGCGGUACCGGUUUAGCAGCCACCUGGGACCAGGACCUUCUAUACAAAGCAGGCACGCUCAUAGGUAACGAGUGUAUAGCAAAGGGCGCCCACUGCUGGCUCGGUCCUACAGUGUGCAUUCAACGCUCUCCCCUCGGUGGCCGUGGAUUUGAGUCAAUGGCAGAGGACCCUUACGCAACGGGCAAAUUAGCUGCUGCUUACAUCAAGGGCGUGCAGUCUACGGGUGUUGUGUCCGUUAUUAAGCACUGGCUGGCGAAUGAUCAGGAACAUGAGAGAGUUGGAGUCAACGUUGUUGCCAGUGAGCGUGCCUUGAGAGAGAUCCACAUGCUUCCAUUCCAGAUUGCGCUUAGUGAUGCAGCUCCUGGCGGUGUCAUGGCUUGCUAUAACAAAGUCAAUGGCAAACAUGUUUCGGAAAAUCGGGAUUUUCUUGACUCUUUGCUCCGCGAGGAGUGGCAGUGGAAGGGUCUGAUCAUGAGCGAUUGGUUUGGGACUUAUUCUACAACCGAGGCAGUCAAUGCAGGACUGGAUCUCGAAAUGCCGGGACCAACGAGGCAACGUGGCCAGCUUCUCGACCUUGCCGUAUCAACCCGAAAGGUGUCCCGGUCAACCAUAGACACGCGAGCGCGAAACGUCCUCGAGUUCGUACAGAGAUGCGCAAACGUUCCUGUUGCUGCAAAAGAAGGUGGACGCGACUUGCCCGAAGAUAGGCAGCUCAACCGGAAGCUCGCAGGUGAUAGUGUUGUUUUAUUGAAGAAUGAAAGUGGCCAACUCCCUCUCAAGCGACCUUUCAAGAGCAUUGCUUUGAUCGGACCAAACAUGAAGACCACUUCGUUCUGUGGAGGCGGCUCUGCCCAUCUUCAGCCUUACUACACUGUUUCUCCCUACGACGGAAUCGUGGCCCAACUUCCGCCUGAUGUUGACGUGCGAUACGAAGUUGGUGCUUCGGCAAGAGGGUGGUAUCCACUGAUGCAGGGGGGUAUGAUCACCACGCCAGAGGGAGCACCGGGGAUGCGAAUGCGCUUUUACAGUCAGAGCCCCAGUGUGCCUGACCGCGAGAUUAUCGACGAGAGCCAUCUGCCUGAUUCAUCUUGGCUACUGAUGGGCUACUCGCAUCCGAAACUAGACAAGCUUUUCUAUGCAACUGUAGAAGGCGAUCUCGUCAUUCAAGAAUCAGGACCUUUUGAGUUUGGGCUCGCAGUCUAUGGCACUGCACGACUCUACGUCGAUGGUCAGCUCUUGAUCGAUAAUAGUCUCGUCCAGCGCAGCGGGACAUUCUUUUUUGGUAAAGGAACCAUCGAGGAAAAGGCUAAGAUGCACCUUGUGCAGGGCCAGAAGUACCGCAUCACCGUCCAGUAUGAGAGCGCACCAUCUUCCAAGCUCGUCAAGCCAGGCGUGGUCAAUUUUGGGGGUGGAGCAGGGAGGGUUGGUCUAGCGAGUGCAAUUGACCCUGAAGUUGGGAUCCAGAAAGCCGUCUCUGCAGCGCUACAGUCAGAUGUGACCAUUUUGUGCGUUGGGAUGACGAGUGACCAAGAGUCUGAGGGCUUUGACAGGCCUCAUAUGGAUCUUCCUGGAACACUUCCUCGGCUUGCAUCGGCCGUCUUGGCUGCCGCUCCAGACACUAUCGUUGUGACGCAGAGCGGCACUCCAUUCAGCAUGCUCUGGGCUGAAAGUGCCAAGACCCACGUGCAUGCUUGGUUAGCUGGAAACGAGACUGGAAAUGGUAUUGCUGAUGUUUUGUUCGGCACAACCUGCCCGAGUGGAAAGCUCCCGCUCUCGUUUCCACGCCGUAUACAAGACACGCCAACCUUUUUGAACUUUGGUAGUGAGAGGGGACGUGUUAUCUAUGGUGAAGAUAUUUAUGUUGGGUAUCGGUACUACGAAAAGGUCGAGCGCGACGUGCUGUAUCCUUUUGGACACGGUCUAUCCUUUACUACGUUUGCCUACGACAAGCUGAACGUCACAUCUGCGCACGUAAGCUUCGAGAUCACCAACUCUGGUUCCGUGCCUGGAUCAGAAGUGUCUCAGCUUUACAUCGCCGCUGACGAGGCUACCUCUUCUAUCCAGAGACCUAAAAAGGAGCUGAAGGGUUUCAAGAAAACGUACCUGCAACCUGGUGAGACGAAGAAAGUAGAGAUUCCGCUGGAUAGAUUCACUACGUCAUUUUGGGAUGAGGAGCUACAUUGCUGGCUUAGCGAGAAAGGUGUGUAUGCGGUAUUGGUAGGAUCGAGUAGUAACAAGAUUUUGCUUGAGGGGGAUUUGCAUGUAGAGGCAACAACUAGGUGGACUGGGCUUUGA